GGAAGGGAGGAGGAGAGGGUGGUCUCAAUCUCAGCUAAGAGGCUACUUUAGUCCCCCAACAUAAGCACAUUCACAGAUGUCUCUACACGCGUAGAGCCGUCUAACCCGUCACGACAGAGCCGCCUGCUUCUGUGUGAAGCAACGAACCGCGGACAAGGAGAGACAGAGAAGGGACAGAUAGGUAGAGAGGAGAAGGGAGGAAAGCAGAGCAAGAGAAAGAAGAGGUGAAAACAUCGCUGCCACUUUGACGUCUCCCCUCAUGCGCCUGUUUCGGCUUGUGUGAGCGCAAGAAGAGGAGAGGAGGGAAAGGAGGAAAAUAAAUCCUGGGAGCUCGUGUCCUCUUUGCUUUAUAUUCCCGUCUUUUUUUUUUUUUUUUUAAUCUCCAUCACCCAAGGCAUGAAGGCGGGUGUCAGCUGGCACGCCACAAUAAAAGAAAAGGAUGCUUUGAAUGCUGCCUCUCUUUCGACAAGGGGCUAGGAAGAGGAAGUGGGGGACAACACACAGCAGGGACAAAAACGGGAUUUCUAGAAUGAAUGGGAGUCCUUCGGCCGCAUGUGCUGGGAAUAGCAGUCUCACACUGAAGUCUCUGAAUGAGUGGCCAGCCCUGAGGGCGUGAAACUAUUGGGAGAGUUUGGAUGUCCCCGGUCACACAGCUUCCACUGCGUUGGACCACCUUCAAUUGGACGCAUCUCUACUCUCCAGACGGCACCAAUUAAGGCAGUCUUGAGAGGAAGAGUUGUGACAGUAUUUGACGACAGUGACGCAAGGAGGACAGGAGUACACUGGAGGAGGGGCCUGUGCUUGCUGCAGACAGGCAGAGGACUGCUUGUCUGGACUCAGUGUUGCCUGUCUGCGUGAGUAGACACGGCAGAGGAAGAGGAAAAAGAAAUGGUCGGCUGAAGUGUCAUGGAGGAUGUCACCUCUACGUAGCUUGUCCAGUAUGCAGUGUGGUCUUCCCAGCUGCGCAUCACCAGUGGUGCCAUGAUCCAGUUAUAACUGUGGGUAAUGCCGAGCCAAAUAACCAAUCCUGGAGAUGCCGAAGAGAAGAGAUAUUCUUGCCAUUGUGUUGAUCGUGUUACCCUGGACUCUGCUCAUCACUGUUUGGCACCAAAGCGCUAUAGCUCCACUCCUCGCCAUCCGCAAGGCCUGUCACCACCUAGUAAAAGAGAUCUUUAUCAUUCCAGAGAGGCUUGCAGUCCGCCACCACCGGCUCUCAGAUGAUGGCGUCGAGGGCAAGAGGGAGGCGGGUGGCCAGGCGCAGGACUCCAAGGAAUACUGUGCCUCAGAUAAGGACAUUGUGGAGGUGGUGAGGACAGAGUAUGUGUAUACGCGGCCGCCACCCUGGUCCGAUGUGCUGCCUACCAUCCACAUCAUCACCCCCACAUAUAGUCGACCGGUGCAGAAGGCGGAGCUGACACGGCUGGCAAACACCUUCCUCCACAUUCCCAACCUGCACUGGAUCCUGGUGGAGGACUCCCAAAGGAGAACGCCUCUUGUGACGCGGCUCCUCCGAGAAACAGGGCUUAACUACACCCACCUCAAUGUAGAGACGCCCAGGAACUAUAAGCUGCGGGGUGACACUCGGGACCCCAGAAUCCCCAGGGGGACCAUGCAGAGGAAUCUGGCCCUGCGGUGGCUGAGGGAGACCUUCAAUGCCAACAGCAGCCAAGCUGGAAUUGUCUACUUUGCGGAUGAUGACAACACGUACAGCCUGGAGCUGUUUGAGGAGAUGAGAUCGACUCGGAAAGUUUCAGUGUGGCCUGUGGCUUUUGUGGGCGGGUUGCGGUACGAGUCCCCCAAGGUCAAUGCAGCCGGAAAGGUCUAUGGCUGGAAAACGGUGUUCGACCCCCACCGGCCCUUUGCCAUCGACAUGGCUGGCUUUGCCAUCAACCUGAGGCUCAUCCUCUUCAAGCCACAGGCGUAUUUUAAGCUUCGUGGGGUGAAGGGAGGCUACCAGGAGAGUAGUUUGCUCCGGGAACUUGUCACACUCAACGACCUGGAGCCUAAAGCAGCCAACUGCACUAAGAUACUUGUUUGGCACACGAGAACGGAGAAACCCGUCCUUGUAAACGAGGGGAAAAAAGGAUUCACAGACCCCAAUGUAGAGAUCUGACCAUUUCCCCUCAGACCACGGUGGUUGGCCUUGGACCUGCGCAGGAAGAAAACGGCUGAGUCUCUUGAUAAGUGCAACCAGCGCUCAUGUCUUAAUCAUCAGAAAAAAAGGAAAUGGGGACCUUUGAAGGGGGAUUUAAUCCUCUUGACUGAAUCUGACAUUUUUAAAAUAUGGACUAAACCAGUACAAAUGUAUCAUAUUAAAGCACAGAUUAGUAAGAGGCGGCAGUUAUUUGGUGGGUCUACGACUGAAGUGCAGAAGAGACGACAUAAAGAACGCCUCACAGGGUCUGUGACCUGCACCUUCAACCUGCGGCCUGCUGAGGACAACCUAACAAAAGAGACAGCACAAUAUGACAAGCAUACAGCCAGCAGAUUCAACCAAACAAGCAGGUUAAAGAAUAUCCUUCACCUCAAAAAAAUUAAAUAAAAAAAAAAUUUAAGGAAAGAAAACACAUAUUGUCUGGAUCUGCACAUGGUAUAAGAGAGAAAUUCCUCUUGGGUUUAAGGACAUGACCUACAUCAUCAGCCUGGAUAAAAACAUGACUCCAAGGACAAAUAUGUCUCAUGUGGAUUUUCCUUUGAGCAAACACAAACAUAGCAAUGGAAGGAAUGUUCUUUUGAUAACUAUGAAAUGUUUGCUUUAAUUUAAUUUAAUUGGUUUGGGUGUUUUACAAGCACUUGACUUGCUAGUUCAAUACUGACUCUUACCUACAUUUACUCUUGGGUUAUCAUUGUUCAUUUUAUAGUGUCAUAACUCAUGCAUUUAAGCCACCCUUAUACUUGAGGAGAGACUGCUGUUUGAAAUGUACCCAUUUGUUGUGCUUCGGAGCUGAAAUGUAAAUGUAAACAUCAAAAUCCUAACACUCUUCUUAGCACUUAGACAAUACACAAAUGAUGUUCCUUUGUGGCAACAUGUGUAAAUAGUAAUUCAAAAUGAGAACAAUCAGAGGAUUAAUGACAAAUUUUGACAAAAGCAUUGUAAUUACUGUAUUUAUAUGUAAAAACAAAAACAAAAAACAGUCUCUUUUCUUUUCCCCCUGGUGAAUUCCUCACAAUGACACAUGACAAGACACAGGCUCACUUCUAGGUUCAACACAUGGAAAGAGUAAUAGCACAUCACCAAUUUCAUUUGAUAAUAGAAACUCCACUUUGUGACACAUUCAUAACGCAUAGACAAGAACUUCAAAUCAGCUACAUGGUAGACUCACAAAUUCUGACCUUAAGCUUUCAUAUAAAGUGUAAUUUUUGACAUUGCAAGGAAACUGUGUCAUUUUUAGUGAUAGUUUAUAUUCCCCCUUGUCUAUGCACGCUCAUAUGUACACGAGCCACCGCUUAACAAGGGUCAGCUGUGUGCAAGUACAAAAAAGAGCAGAAUGAAACAGCGUCUAAACCCAAGAAUUUGGUUUUACUAGGCUUGUUAGUCCCCCUUCUCUCCAAAAAAUACACUUUACUGUGAUGGGGAGACAGAAUUCCCCAAAAUAUACGUUUAGAUGCUCAGUCUACAUCUGCUGACUUUUAAUACAACUCACCUUCGAACAGCUGGUGUAAGUUAUGAAUAAUAGAUUAAAAUAAUUUAUACAUGGCCCCAAAUAUUUUUUAUUUUUUUAUAAACAACUUUGGCUUCCACUCAUGAAAUGAGAUAAUACAUGCUACUCUGAAUUGACAGAAGGCUGAAGAAAAGCACAACAAAAAUAAAUCUUAUUUUUGCUAAUGAUUUGGUAGCAACGCUGACACGCCAUCUCCAGUACUGUGGACUGAUGUCUGAAUCUCAUGGGUUUUUUUGUAUUAGUAUCCAUCUGUUGUACAUUAACUGGAACACAGAAGGGAGUCGCUGCACCUCUAACGAUAGACAUCAGUAGCUACUAUGACGCUGUACGGCUGAACACUGUAACAAAGUUAUUCUACAUCUCAUAUAAUAGAAUCUCUCCUCUACUCGAUAAAUCAUCCGUCUAGUGCAAUACACACUGGUGGUUCUUAUCUAACAUUGCCCGGCAGAAGUAGCUGGAGAUAAUUCAAAUACUGAGCCUCUGUACUGUUGCCAGAUUAUCUCUGUGCGCCCCCCUUCAACACAUACAACCCAAAAUACACUGCUGCAGUAUAAAAACUUACAAAGACGUUACGGUCUCUCGGGCUCAUCAGCUGGAGAAAGCACGUUAUUACAUAUUUCACUUGAUACACAUUCAGACAAUGGCUGUAUUGUAUCUCUCAUCAAACUGGCUGUUUUCAUUGACUGCAUGAUAUUACACUGCACAGGGAUCGGUCAUGGAGAUCACAGACUAUCUUUGGGUUUGUUCUAUUCUUCAAUUUGCCUCCCAUUAUUUAUUAAAAAUCAAAUUAAUAUAUUUAUUUAUGUAUUUAUUUCAAGUGUAGAUGUGCAAUUGAAUCAUAGCAGUGUUUGCCCUUAAAUCUGCAUUUUCCAACUGCUCUCUAAAAAAGCAUGUGCACAUACAGCAUACUGUACACAUGCAUUAUCAAUAGAUCAAUAUAUUGUAGAUCAAUAAUAGGUUAGUGCUACCAACAGGUAGGCACACACACACCAUCUUCUUUAAAACAUUGCUGUUGAUCUAAAUUAUACGUGAGUGGUCAUUAUCACCUUUUAAUCUAAAUGAAUGAAUCCACCUGAAAUGUUUUAAGCACUGAAACAAAUUAAAGAGAAAAUGCCAGUGAGUAAAAGACUUAAUUAGAACACUAUCCUUUUUGCAUAACUUGUUUCCAUUUUGUGCUAACAAGUUUUCCUGAAAUUGAGUAGGCUAUGUUGUAUAUCAUUUACUUUUCAUGUGAAACUAAAUUCCCACUCUCAUCUUCUAAAUGUUGCUCUUGUCAAGAUGCAGGCAAACAAAUGUCAUGUGGCGUACAGGUUAGCGUGUGGUUGGACUGGUUAAAUAACAUUCUGUGAUGUUACUUACUGAAGCAGCAGAACAAUUCAAAGGGCUUCACUUUGAGAGUGAUGUUACAACUCCAACAGAUGACAUAUUAAGCAAUAUCUAAUACUCACAAAGAAUUAGUCUAGAACAAACCUACCUAUACACCAACUUAAGCAGUACAGGUUAUUCAAUAUUUAAUGUCAGUUAACGAGCAUUGCCCUCUGAGGGCUUCUCUAUAGCACAAUACACUUUACACAAGUCCUAACAUUUCCUCAUCUCCACUGUCAUCUUCCAGCCUCAUGUGAUUCACAUUUUAUGCAUGUGACUCUUAAGGUUGUUUAUUUGCCACAGCAAUUCUGUCUCAGAGAAAGAUGUUAGUUGAAUCAAGAGAAAUAAAUAACUGAGAAGAA